AUGGACCCAUUCGCGGCAAUUGGCCUCGCAGGCAACAUUAUCGCUUUUGUAGACUUCGGAUUUAAAUUAGUUUCCGCGGCCAAGAACAUCUACGAGUCAAAGUCAGGCGCCAGUGCGGAUAAUGAAGACUUAUCUUCUAUGACGGGAAGGCUCCAACAACUCACUACCGAGUUGAAAGGGGCCAAGCAAACUAGUUCUUCACAGCGGAAUAUCCCUCUUUAUGACGUCGCUACCGAAUGCGAAAAUGCGUCGGUGGAACUCAUGAAGUUGCUCGAUAAGCUGAGGACCAAAGACCCAAAUUCUCGGCGACAUGCGUUCAAAGCUGCAGUACGCAGCUGGCGGAAGAGUGGCCAGAAGUCCGAAUUGGAAAAGAGAUUGGAUCGUUGUAAACAGCAGCUAGGGUUGGAACUCCUCAGCUCGAUAAAAUCCGACUCAUUAGAACGCCUCGAUAGGCUUGUCACAAGUGGCCAAGCUAGUCAAGAUGAGUUACGGUCGCUUAGUAGGAACAUCGAAUCUCUACGUCAAGGUACCAACGUCUCUUGCCUUAGUACCGAAGCACUGGGCCAGGUCCGGUCAUUAGUUCAAUUAAGCGAUGAAGCUAUCUUGAAGGCACGCCAGGCUCGGGUUCUAGACGCAUUACGCUUUCAAUCGAUGAAUGAAAGGUUCGAAGAUAUCGAAGAAGCUCGUGAGAAAACCUUCGACUGGAUUUUCGACAUUACUGCCACUGAUGUAGCUGAAGACGACGGUGUUGCCGAUGAAUCGGCAUCUACAGAUGAUGAAACUGAACCCGAAAUGAGUAGCGACGAUGACGAAUACCCAGAAGACCAUAGUGAUCACGACAUUAAUAAUGAAAGUCGUCGAAGUCUGAGCUAUACCUCACAACGGUCAAAUAAAGCUACCGAAGCGGGUUCUAUCAAGUCAACUCUUGGUAGCGAUAUCCCAAGACCGGUAUAUACUAUGGGUGAGGGGAAUUAUAGUUCUUCCUCUUUCCUCGAAGAGCAACUAAGUGAUAGUUCGAGCUCUAGUUGGGCCACGGACGAUGCAUUGUCCAUUGCGGAAAGUGAAAACUCCGUCGAAUAUUGGCAUGAAUCUCAAUAUGCUUCAGCGUUAUUACCACCCGCUAUUUCAAGCGUAGCAGAGAUACCUGAAUCAACAUGGCGGGUCAUGACCGAAGCCCGGGAUAACUUUAUUACUUGGCUCAAAAAAGGCACAGGAAUAUUUUACAUCUCGGGCAAGCCAGGUUCUGGGAAAUCAACACUAAUGAAAUACUUGGUCCAACAUCCUGAAACAAAGAACUACCUAGAAUUGUGGGCGGACAGGAAGAAGCUCGUGCUGGGUAGAUUCUUUUUUUGGAAGCCGGGGUCAGCUCUGCAGAAAAAUAUCAAUGGCCUGAUUCGAGGGUUACUGCAUUGCCUCCUCUUAGAAUGCCCCGAACUUAUACACCUCGCGUUUCCAGAGCAGUGGAAAGCAUCACUGCAUAGAGAAAACGUUCACGUUGAACAUUGUGAAUGCCGGCAAGCAUUUGAGAGGCUCAUAGAAAACCAGACUUAUGGACAGCAUAAGUUUGUGCUUUUUAUAGAUGGCCUUGACGAGUUCGAAGGGGACCAUGCAUACUUGACCAGGCAAUUAGUUAAGUGGACUGAUGGAACACAGAACGUAAAGCUCUGUAUCUCAAGCCGGGAGUGGCCGAUAUUUCAAGAUGCUUUUAAGAAUUAUCCUAGAAUCCGACUGCACGACGUUACGAUGUCUGAUAUCCAGCGAUUCGUCAGAGAUCGACUUCGCGAGAUGAAUCUUGAUGUCCUAGUGAGAAAUAGUGGCAGCUUGAAUAAUGAUGAUGAAUCAUCGAACACAUACGAAAUCACGGAUUUGGAGGACGGCAUUGUUAGGGAUUCAGACGGCGUCUUCUUAUGGGUAUCUCUUGUUCUUCGGCAUAUCGAAAAUGGAAUUGCAGAUGGUGACCGGAUACAAGACCUCAUAAGGCUUGUUAAGUCUCUUCCAACCGACCUUGAGCCUAUGCUUAAACAACUCUUGGACUCAAUUCCUACCAAUAACCGAAAACUAGCAUAUGGCAUGCUCUCGCUGGCUCAUUUCGACAUUACAUGUGGUAACCAAAUCUGCCUAGUGCAAUACUCGUUCCUGGAGGAAUAUAUCGAGAAUCGGAACUUUGCAAUAGACUGGUCCAUUAGACUAUUCACGGCAUCGGAACACGAAGAGAGACUGAAAAGAGCCGAAAGACGGGUAUAUGGUGUAUGCAAAGGAUUUCUCGAAUUACGCGAGCCUCCCGCUCGUACUACAUACCCGAAUAUGCUAGGAGGUGUGGUUCGCCUUAUACAUCGGUCUAUCGCAGAGUUCCUAGAAAGCCAACAUUUUAAGGCCAAGAUGGAGUAUGUACUGAAAGCAUUUGAUCCCGUCGAUGCAUUUUGCCAGACAUAUUUGGGCCAGCUCAAGCGUAUCCGUCUCCCUAUGUCUUAUUUCUCUCCGAAGGCGUCUUCUCGUGAUAGUCCCGACAGCUGGGGCUAUAAUAUCGAGGAUAAUAGAAAUAAUCUCUUCCUUUACCCUCCCCACCCAACAUUCAGACAAGAUAUCCUGUGGAUUGUUCGCCGACAGGACAAUUGCGGUCGACACUGGGAUCGUUCGUGCUUCCGUCAAUUCAUAGACGACACUUAUCGCACAGUGGCCAGCUUGGGAACCCGCCUGUGUGUGCUUCGCGUGCCGUAUGAUGGAAGGGUAAUUAAAUAUCUUCCUGAAAAUGUCAUUAUUAUAAUUUGCAUACUAAUUGGGGCCUACGAAAGCCUUCCUUUAGGGGAAGAUGCUAACUCUGAAUUGGUAGACCUAUGUACUUCCUUGUGUUUGUAUGGUAUUGGACGGAGCGAGCUUAAGAACUGGGACCAAACAUUCGACGCCAUUAGAGCACUUCAAACCCUCUUUGACCGAGGUGCUUCUCCCGAUUCCAAGUUGGGACGUGGCAUUGCACCUGAGUUUCACAGGCUUCUUGCAACUUGGUGCAGUGGGUAUUAUCCAGCAUUUGCGGCUGUCACACCAAGUCUGGCUGUCGUCGCAUUAAUGCUCUAUCAUGGUGUAAACCCAAGGUUUGCCAUCGUGAUAAAUAGAAAUGGUUAUAAAUCUAACACGGAGAUAGCACCGAUCGACUAUUAUUUAAAGGUACAAUUCAAAUCAGAAUGUCCGUCAAUACAUUCAGGAAACAAAGUAGAGAAGAUGCGACCAAGGAGAGCAUAUAAUCCGCUACUCGGUGCAUCCCCACAAACAUUGAGAAUUAUCGGCAACCACGGUUAUGUUAUUGACUUAAGAGCGUUGGUUUCAAUUUGGUUCCCGGAUCAAAGCCAUAUCUUGCAACAUGUCAUAGACUAUAUCCUAGAACUAGGUGUCCUCACCAACGAGCAUCAUCGUUUAGAGUUACAAACCCGACUUGGACCGCUUCUUCGCCCACUGUUCGACCAAGAUCAUCCGGAUUUUGUUGGAGAGGUGCCGCCUCAGGCCGAAUGGCCGCAAACGAGCAUUACUUGGGUUCGUAGGAAACUUGAAUACUUCCACAGAAUAUCGAGGAUAGAAGAGGCAGAGUGGAGGAAACUGUUGGAAGUAGAAGGAAAAACUGUUACUAUUAUCUAG